UCAACAAAUGGCAGCGCCACACUCGCAUGCGCCACGCGUCCUGGCAGGGAUAACCAAGACACGAUGAUCUCAUACCAAAGCGAGCCAACACAUACUGUUACCACAAAGCGUCAGUUCAACCACCGAGUCUUGCCAGCAUCGCAAUAUCAGUUCACCAAAUACACCGACUAUCCGUUCCGAUCUACUGUUCUGAUAAGGAUGCUCUUCACACGUCUUCUCUCGAUCAUCCUGCGCACGGCGCAAUGGGUCUUCGCUGCUAUCGUCUUGGGUCUAUCAGCAUACUUUGUUUACCAACGAUCGCGAUACCAUGUCGGGCCUCUAGGUCGUUUGAUCUUCGCCAUAGUUUGGUCUUCGCUUUCCAUUCUCUUUGCCGUCAUCUGGGCUAUCCCCACCAGCUCCAGUAUCACCGGCUAUACAUCCGACUUUAUAUUUACAGCCGGUUGGGCCGCUGUCUUCGGACUCCUUGUUAGCUGGUUCAACGACCGCGGCUGUGGUAGUGCGUGGGCUUGGAGCGGUGUAUCCUUUAGCCGCAACAACUCAUGCGGUCAAUGGCGCGCUGCUCAAGCUUUCUCCUUCUUGUCCAUGAUCCUUUGGUUGGCGACUGCUAUCCUUGGGAUAUUGACAGUACAUCGCCUUAGGGGCCGUGCUGCUGGGCAAGUCUUUCGUCGUUAUCUUGUGAAGCUCUAG